AUGACAGGAGAGCUUUGCCGCCCUACCCUUUUCACUAUUGUAUUCCUGCUCCUUACAGGUCUCUAUGGUUUCGUCAAGUUCUCGCAUGAGAAUGACUACGCGACCGAAGUCAAAACAGCAAUCGACUUGAAGGAACCUAUUCAUCUCAUCUCUAUUUCCGGUUUUCAUCCCCUCGUUGAACAUGCUGUUGUCGAUUCUGCUCGUCCGCUCAUCACCUAUGCGUACACUGAGUCCCCGACUGUUCAAGAGAACUUAAUGUUUUUCGUCGAACAUGGUUUGCAUGACAGCGCGGACUUCAUCUUCAUCCUCAAUGGACCCACCAACGUCGCCAACCUAAUCCCGAGCAAGGCCAAUAUUCAAGUCAUCUCGCGAGCAAACGAAUGCUUCGAUCUAGGCGUCCAUGGAGAAGUCCUCCGCAAGGAUGGACUGUGGAAGAAGUACAGCCGCUUCAUCAUUCUCAAUUCCAGUAUCCGAGGGCCCUUCAUGUCAUACUGGAGCCGCACCUGCUGGAGCGAUGCGUUUCUAAGCCGCGUCACUAAGGAUGUCAAGCUCGUAGGAACAACAGCAACCUGCCACCCCAAAUUCCACAUCCACCCCACGAUCUGGGCUACGGAUUCAGUCGGCAUGGAACUUCUCCUAGCCCCACCCAAGAACCCACCAGAGCACCACGGCAGCAGCCAAAUAGUCGCCCUCGAAGGCUGCUAUAAGAGCCAAGCGCAAGCAUCCCGCGGCGAGAUCGAAGCAACACAUGUGAUCAAGAAGGCAGGAUACGAAGUCGACGUCAUGAUAGCCGCAUUCCACGAGACCGGAAGCUACGAAGACGACUGUACUAAAGACUGGGCUCAGGAAUCAGUGUUAUACCAGCACUUCUACAGCAGGGUCGCCCAUCCGUACGAGACGUUGUUCAUCAAGGCGGACAGCGAUGCCGAUCCAGUUGCCCUAGCUACUCAUACAGAACGGUACAAACCUCAUGAUGGGAAUGGCAGCUGGGACACGUGUCGUUGAGAAGGUCAAGAAGGCCAAGAUGAUCGGUUUGGCUUGCGCAUUAAUUGUACUGCAAGUAUAUGUUCAUAGGCUGGUCAUUAUUUUGCUUGUAGAAACCGUGU